AUGGACUAUCUAGACAGGUGAGCUUGCCCGGGUCACUGCUCUCCAUCACUGCCGCAGUCACACUGAAUACCCUCCCCCAUCUCGGGUCGCACUCAGCAACCUGCACUCGGCGAUUCUGUCGUCACUGGCGGCGAACCUGGCCUCGUCCUCGACGCACGACGACGUACACCUCCUAACCGAGUCCUUCGCCGGGAUCCACCCCGUCACCAACGGCGUCAUCGGCGCGGUACUGAACCGCAUCAACGGCGACAGUCACGCCGCCUCGGGUCGUACGCAUACCUUGGUUGUCAGUACCCGCUUCCUGUUUGAGCUCCACCACGUCAUCGUCGUGAUCGCUGGCCGAGUGUCGUCCGCAGUGGUAAACGCAUCUAUGAGCUGACCACCCCUUCUUCUUCUGCACCUUAGACGCUCUCCCAAGUUGAUGGCAUCAUUGCGUUCUGCGACUAUGCAGCCAAAGCACCCGCCAAUUCGGACAACCUCAAUCGGCUGCUCGUGCUGCUCCAAGGCGCUCCCAGCUGGCAACUCGAAACCGCCGUCGGGGUCCAGGGUAUGCCAGCAUCCGCCCGAGCAGAAAAGUGCCCAAGGAAGCUGAGAACGGUCGGAACCUUUCUCUUGCACAGUCGCCCAAGACUAUGCCCCCGGAGAUCGACUCGCGUACAGCCUCGUUUCGGCCGCGCUGAUCGUCGCCGGCGCCAGUCCCAACGAGCGCACCGCCGCUCUCGGCGCUCUCUCGCAAUUCCACAAAGCCCUCUUGGCUGCAAUUGAAACCUCGGAAGGUGUGUUUGUAACCUAUAUGGCGCUCUAUAAAUGCCGUACACGAGUGCUCAUACUUUCAAGUCAGCAUUGCAGGUCACCGCAUCAUCGGGUAUCUUUUGCCAGCGCUCAACGGAGCUCGUCGAGCUGUGGGCAACUCGCCCUUCCCCUGGACCGUCCACGACGAGUUGCCGCUGACGCCCGAACCAUCGCGCGAAUUGGUCGAGUCCGUCGUCGCCGCCAUCGCGUACGAAUGGGACCCUUCGACGGAAGGGGGGCGUGUGGCCCUCGCGACCCUGAAGCAGUACGACACCUCGAUGAGGGGGCUCUCCCCUGGACUGGUUGCUCUCGUCCAGAUCGAGUUCGAGCUCGCAUACUGGACCAGUGCGAUCGUACCCGCCGUCAAAUCUGGCGGCGGGUGGCGAGCUCUCCUUGAAGGUGAUCCUGUUUCGAUCACCGCGGGUGGACAAGCGGCGUACGCUUCGGCGACGAGGGCUCAUGGUACGUUCGAGAACACGUACGCCGUGCUCGAGAGGAUGGAUGGAGAGUACCCUCCCGACCCGUACGCCUUUGACGUCCUGCUCUCGAGUGUCAAGCUCGCUGUCGUUGCCACGAUCGCGACCGGUUCGCCGACGCAGAUCUUGGCCAAGCUCUUCGACGACCUCUUGACCCACCCCGCGACCGUCGUGGAUGAGCCUUUGCAGACGGGUGCCGUCGAGAGUCUACAGGUCUUUGCCCAUGCGUUCCCUUCGACCUUGCCCACGGCGCUUAGCACGAUCCGAAACUUUAUCAGUUCACCGUCACCCGUGCUCGAGCAAAGUGGCGUAUUAGCGCCCUCGUCGACGAUGAUCGCCGCCUCAGCAUGCUACGCGUCGCUCAUUGACUUGUCCAAGAAUCCCGCCUUGCGCGAGUCGGCGAUUCAGUCGCUGCUCAACCACUUCGCCGUACCCGAACGCGAGCCUUUGGUUCGACAGGGUGAAGUCGUUGCCAAUGACGCCAAGUCGAUCCGAUCACUCCAGGGGACCAUGUCGGAUCCAAUCAAGGUUAGUGUGUCGUCGAACGUGGUCCACGCCGUCGCUCGUCUUGCUCUCGCCUUCAAGGACGAGCAGAUUACCACGCUGGUCACGUCGAUGCUCUUGCAACGACUUGUCGGGACGAACCCGGUCGUCGACGGUGCGAUCCUGUUUGAGCUCAGCGAACUCGCGACCAUCGUCAAUGCCGACACCUUCGCCGACAUCCUCGCCGGCAUCAGUCGAGUCAGCAAGCAUGCCAAGCAGGACGAGGCGAUGUCGCAGACGCUGCUGAGCGCUCAGACGAGGCUCGCGAUCGCGGCAUCCUCGCGCCAAAAGUUUCACGUCAAAUACCUUUCGGAGACACUCGCUCUCUUUGUUGAGCAAGGUGGCGUGGGCGACCGCAAGACCACCGCGUCCGAACGAGCGGCCGGUCUGCUCAACCUUGUGCCCAUUCUCGACGCCUUCCUUACUGGAGCCAAGUUCGAUCCUCGCCAAGAUGUCGACACGUCACUCGUAUCCUUGUUCCGCAGUGCGUGGUACCUCAUCGUCUUGUCGGGCUUUGUGUCGACGCCUUCACGCAUCGCCGACUGGCAGCGAGCGGCGCUCGUUCGCAUCGCCCAGAGAACGCCCGGUCUCCUUCGCGGUGUCAAGGACGACUUUGUCGCCACCGAGCUCGACUUCAAUCCCAUCUUACGCAACAAGGAGCACGUCCUUUCACCGGAUGCGGCCCGUCAAGAGCUUGCCGCGAUCUUGCCCUCGGCUGCUUCGUUCGCUCGAUCGCUCCCAGCGUCCCAAGUCGUCUUCUUGUUGACCGUGGUGCGACUCGAGUCCCUGCGAGCCGAAGCGGGCCAACCGUCGAUCGUGCUCUCCUACUUCCAUGUCGAAGACAUCAACGAGAACCCUCAGCUGUACGCAUUGAUGACCUCGAUUGCUGAGCACGUCAACAACACGUUCGUCUCGCGCCUGAGUCAACUCGUCACCGGUCACACCAUGGACCCGGCCGUCUACCACGAGGUGCGGGAGAUCUUAUUACAAUGCUGCCACACGCUCGGCAAGGUCCGAACGACCGCGAUCCGCUAUCUUAACGACCUCUUCACGAGCUUCCCGUCCUUGCUGUGCAGCGGCGAAGUCGUGACGACGAUGCUCGAGCUGUUGACGGUCACUCGCCGCGCCUGCUUGGCCGAAUUCGUCGACGAAUACACCCCUCUGUACACAUUCCACUCGAGCCGCGCCAACUUUGACGUCAUCCUCCCAGACGACUACUCGAUCCGCAACAGCGUCUUGAGCGAGUUGCAUCGCUAUGCGAGAUCGUGGCUCAAGGCCGGCCUCACGCGCGCGCCGUCGGAGAUGCGCGGUCUGCUGCAGGAUUACAUCGACGGCACUGAAGUGGCCCCUCCUUCGACCUCGCUCAAAGCGUUCGCCGAUGACGAGAUGGGCAAGUCCGUCGCGAUCGACUUGAUCCGCAUGCCUCCUAGCAAUGCUCGUGAGGCCAGCUUGCCGGCUUGGGGUGAGUGGCGAGCCGACAAUUCGGCCAACUUUGCUCGCACCUUUGGCGCCAAGAGCUUCUUCGGUGGUGAAGCUUCGAGGACGGCGGACACGACGCGUGAUGCAAUCCUUGACGAGCUGGAGGCCCUGGCCGAACAACUUGAUCAGCACAAGAUGCACGUCAAGUUGGUCGACAUCCGCGCGCUGCUCUACCGCAGCGGUGGGCACCUCGUCAAGGCGCAGAGGCCCGAUCUCGACAUUCUGCAGCACCUCGUUCAUCUCCCUGCCCGUAUCUUUACCGAUGUUGUGAUAGAAAUCGCGACCGAGGUCUGGACAUGGGUCGUGGACGCUCGACCUGAACUCGAGGCUCGAUUGAUGGUCGAGGUCGCCGAGGCCUGGCAGUCGACAAUUCAACGCCGACAAGGUCUCUUCUCAAGCGAGGCGAAUCGCAAAAAUCCUCUCGAUGUUCCAACCCAGUUCACUCCCACCGACAAGGACUACAUGACCAAGGAGUUCAUCCACGCCACGCGUCUGUUGCAGCCCCACAUGACGCUGCUGCAGUUCCUAUCGAGCCGAUUCCAAGCCUUCCGAUACCGCAAUACCGACCUCGUCCACGCGUGCAUGAGGAUCCUCAAGCGCUCGACCGACGCGGCCAAGUCCUGGUCGACACAUCAACUCGCACGCGAGAUCCGCAUGCGCAUGCUCUCGUUCGGCUUUUGCGUCUUGCAAGGCAGCGAGCUCGAAUCGGCCGUCGAGUACAACUUCCGCGACAGCUUGUACGAAGCGGCGAUGACAUGGUUUGAAUUGGCGCCCGGGUGAGUAGUGGUCAUGCCCAUAAAGUCUUUGACCACAACAAUUGACCUCUGCCCUGCUCUUCUUUCCAGCUGGACCUACGGAAGCAAUCGCAUCCAACUCAAGGCUGACCUGCAGGCCAUGGAGGAGCUGCACUCUACGAUCAAGAGCGACAAACCUGCGUAUGACUACAUCCUUUCGGCAUCUCGUAGUCGUAAGGCCAGUGGUUUGCCCUACAACUCGUCCGCCGCGACCGCCGGCUCCUUGCAAACCCAGCGACAGCAACUUCUCUUGGCCCUGCUCGAAAACGAGCUGGACCGCCUGAAGCUGUGGACCAACCCGCUGCUCGAUCCGAAGCGAGGCGCCAUCCCCACUCCCCGCUCGACCGCCUCCGAUGCAAAUUGGGUCCGAAUGGCCAACAUCGCCUGGUCGCACUGGCCCGGCGUGGCCGUGCAGCUGCCCGAACGCACCAAGCUGCCCGCCGUUGCGGCCGAGGUCACCCGGCUCGUCCGAUCAGACCCGCUUCGAGCGCAGCACAUCCCUGAUGCGUUGCAAUACUUCGUCGGGGACACAAUCAGUCCCGAGUCCAAGCGCCACCUGCGCGUGCUGCUCUUUUGGGCUCCCGUACCUGUCAUCUCGGCGCUUCGAUUCCUGUUCCCACUUUUCAAGGGCGAUCCGAUCCUCUUGCAGUACGCCCUGCGCGUCCUCGAGCAUCACCCCGUCGAGAUCACCUUCUUCUACAUCCCCCAGGUCGUACAAGCGUUGCGCUCCGAUGAACUUGGUUACGCCGAGCGUUUCAUCUUCGAGACGUCCAAGAUCUCGCAGCUCUUCUGCCACCAGAUUAUCUGGAACAUGAAAGCCAACGCUUACCGUGGGGAUGACGGUGAUGUCGAGGACCCCAUGAAGCCGACGCUGGAUCGCAUGGUUGACAUGAUCGUUUCCUCGCUGUCCGGUGACGCGAAGGACUUCUUCCAACGCGAGUUCGCCUUCUUCGACGAAGUCACCUCGAUCUCGGCGAAGCUCAAACCGUUCAUCAAGGCACCCAAGCACGAGAAGAAGGCAAAGAUCGACGAAGAGAUGGCCAAGAUCAAAGUCGACGUUGGGGUUUACCUUCCUUCGAACCCCGAUGGUGUCGUGGUCGAUGUCGAUCGCAAGUCCGGUCGACCGCUUCAAUCCCACGCCAAGGCUCCCUUCAUGGCGACGUUCAAGGUCCGUCGCGAUCACAAGCGCAGCGUCACGGCCGAUCUCGAUGCCCAAGAUGCGCUCAUUGAGGAUGAGGAAUCGAGCGGUCAGGUCCAGACCAAGUCGUUCGACACGUGGCAAGCCGCAAUUUUCAAGGUCGGCGACGAUUGUCGUCAGGAUGUGCUCGCCUUGCAAAUCAUCGCCAUGCACAAGAACAUCUUCACCGCCCUCGGUCUAGACUUGCUCGUCACGCCUUAUCGUGUCACCGCGACAGGUCCUGGGUGUGGCGUGAUCGAUGUCAUCCCCAACGCGACCUCGCGGGAUGAGAUGGGUCGCGCCAAGGUCAAUGACCUCAAGAGCUUCUUCGUGCUCAAGUACGGUAGCCCCGACGGCAUCGAUUUCCAACGCGCUCGCAACAACUUCAUCCAGUCCAUGGCGGCGUAUUCGCUAUUGUGCUACAUUGUGCAGAUCAAGGAUCGCCACAACGGUAACAUCAUGAUUGACGGAAAGGGGUGCAUCACUCACAUUGGUCAGUCCCGUGCUGCUGAUCCCUUUACAGUUGUCCUUUCCGGUGUCUAACACGUGAUAUGUUGUACUUGACAGAUUUCGGAUUCUUGUUCGACAUCGGCCCUGGUGGCGUCAAAUUUGAGCCGUCGUCUUUCAAAUUGUCGCACGAGAUGAUGGUCCUGAUGGGCGGCAAGGAUUCGGUCGGGUUCCGCCACUUCUCGGAACUCACCGUCAAGUCGUUCCUCGCGUGCCGACCUUAUGCGCAGCAGAUCGUCGAUACGGCAAGGCUCAUGCUCGCGGCCGAAUUCCCGUCGUUCAAGGGUGAACCGACGAUGCAACGCCUGACAGAACGAUUCCGCCUCGAACUGCGCGAGGACGAGGCGGCCGAGUACAUGAAGGGCGUGAUUGCGAACGCGCAUGAGAACCCUCGCUCGAUCGUCUACGACAUCUUCCAGGAGAAGACGAACGGUAUUCCUUAUGUCCGGUAG